UUUUAUGGAAAAUAUUAAUGAAAUUUUUUACCUUUUUUCAGUUAAUUAGGCCGAAAAGAAUAAAAAGAAAAUUGAGCACAAAAUAAAUUCUUUGCUGAGUUCACGCGCACUAAACUCCGUCACUUUUGUAAGCAAGAACAUUUGCAACAUACGCUAAGAUACAGGGCUAAGAAACAUUUUCAGCGGAAUAACAUAACCUCAAAGAAAGUGUUUUGUUUUGCUUUCCGGCGUUGGAUCUUAUUCUUUUGUUGUGAAAUAAAUAAAAGAAGCGCCCCAAAAUGGAUGAGGCUAUACUUGAGAAAAUGGACCAAGCGUGCAGGACGUCUGAAGAAUUCACAAAACUCUACUACGAAAGUCUCGACAAGAGGCGCCAUCAAAUGUUCCGUUUGUACCUGGACAAUGGAGUUCUUGUGUGGAAUGGAAAUGGGGUAACGGGAAAGGAUGACAUUCAGAAGUUCUAUCAGGAACUUCCUGUGUCUGAUCAUCAGAUGAAUACCCUCGAUGCUCAGCCCAUUCUCGAUGCCACUCAACUCACCUUCCUCAUUCAAGUCAGCGGUUCCGUGAAGUUCAGCAAUGACGGACUUGCACGUCCCUUCCAGCAAACAUUCAUCAUAACCGCCCAGGCGGACAAGUGGAAGAUCGUCAGUGAUUGCUAUCGCCUCCAGGACGCAAUGUUCAAGGACAGGAAAUAAACAAAUCUCUUCCUUUUUUUUCUUAA